AUGGCCGGUCCGUCAAGAAACAGCACGGUGAGGCUGCAAGAGCCAAUAUCAUUGACAGCCAACACCAUAAAUACUGCGUAUGGACGAGCUGGUCGAGCUGUAUUGAAGCAAGUAUCCUUUGUAGCGUCCGAACAAGACAAGGAGAGAAAGAGAGCGGUAGUGACCAUCCAAGGAGCUGGAAUCUUCAUAUAUGACCUGGCGACUCAAUUACCCAUUCAUUCGUGGUCUGUCUCGCCCGAUACAAGAUUUGCAUGUGCUGCCAGACAAGUCUACCCAUACGUCUAUGCUGUCGUACAAGUGUCGCCAGACUUAGCGGUACAGAAGGCUGGCAGAUUGGUUUGGUCUUGGAACACUAGCGUCAAGAAUACAACUGGAACUGAUACUCCGAAAGAACUAUGGGUGGAUCACCCAGUUCAUUCGAUACACAAGGCACCAAACGACACAGUCCUCCUAGUUCAUACCAAUCUACAUAUGUCACUAUAUUCCCAAGACUUUUCCCGAAAACUAGCAUCCUAUGCACCAUCACCAUCGUCUUCAACAGAUCAUCAAGAAGUCAUUCACAUACAAGGUGCAUCUGGCUGGAUUGUAGCCAAAACUGCAGGCCGACUCCAUGUAUAUAAUCUAGAAGUCAAUACCGUCGGUGGCCUGUAUGAAAUCGCAUGCAAGUCAUUAGGAGAUGUACAUUAUGAAUCUGAUGUGGUGGCAGUUACUAUUCAGUCAGACAAGUUGAUUGUCACCUUAUCGUCGGGGAAAAUCCUAGUCUAUAAAGUUGCAACAUCAGGAAUGGCCUUGAUGGUUACAAUAUCUGUACAGUAUUUGGAUUUGGUGCUCAAACCUGAUCAUUUGGAUGUGGUAGCUCUUGACGAGCAUCAUAUUGCUGUUACUGCAUGUAGGAAGAACGGAUCGCAAUAUGAGGGUCUGUUGAUGGUUUGGGAUACCAAAUACGGCACCUUACAGAUUGAUAAGCCAUUGACUCAUCUGGAAGGUCCAAGAGCACAAUUUCCCAUCAAAUAUUCAAUUGCCUUGACAAACUCUCCAUUGACGGGCCCGUCACUGCUGAUAGCAUGCUCGUCAUCCUCAAAAGGAGCAGCUGAAACCGACGUCCAUCUAUUCCCAUACAUGUGUGCCAAACCAACACUCCUCUCGGCGCUUGGCAAGCUGCAACGACCAGCCAUCAUGGAAUUCAACUCUGAACCCGAAUCAACCCAACACACAUCAUUAGGAAUGAUGACGCCAAUAGUAGCAACACCUCCAACCAUACCAUCCGAGACGGAUUUUCUGUCUCAACUAAUGAACCCUACUCAAACGCCCGAUGACGAGACGUUUGAAAGAGUAUUUGUCACGAUGGUAAUGUCAAAGCUGGGCAAACCAAUGCCAGAAUCAGGGCAUGUACGAUUAGGCGCUUUGGCAAUAACCGAUAUAGCUCAACCAAGUCUAUUAUUGCUAUUGACUCGAUGUUUUGCCAGCCCGGCCACCUUCUUCCCUCAUCACGUAAUAAAUUAUUUAUUGUCUACCGGCGCAGCAUCUUCUAGGUCGAUACCUGGUGGUAUAAUCAGCCCGGCUCUGGAAAGGGGCGAUUUAAAACUCCUUGAAAUGGCUCUGAGACGGGUAGUAGAUUUGAGUGAAUCUGAGGUUGUGGAUGCACUCAUGUAUGUAUGUGGUGCUGAUAAAGAGGCGUGGAUUAGUACUGAGGAGAGAAUAGUAAUGAUGGAUGAAGUACUUUCCAAACGACGAUCAAGGAAGGCGUCUAGAGCUGUUAAUGAUGGAAACGAUACUACCGUUGCUGCUGCUAGUAAUGUUAAUAUGCCGGGAGUGUCGAGAGGUCAAAAUCACUUUUUAGAAUUGAUAUUUAGUGCACCACGAACACGUGAUGUGUUUCAAAGGUGCAUGAAACGUAUUCGUAUCCAAGAGUUAGAGGUGCUGUUAAAUUGGAUAUUAAAUACUAUACAGGGCAUGUCUGCAUCCUCGACAGAGGAAGUAGACGAUGUCAUGGGCAACAAUUUGUGGUGGAUGUGGAGUUCCAAAUCGUCUAGCUUCAUAGUGGCCAUUGAAGCUCUAACAAUACUCCUAGACGCACACUCCUUCAACAUGAUAUUAACGCCAGCUCUACACGAUAAACUAAAUCAAGUAACGAGUUACUUGUCGACUUCAAUAAGCACCUUCCAAACUGUGCAAUCACGGUUAUCAGGCCCUUUACAAGCCUUUAUAGAAACUAAACCGACAUCAUUAUCUGUUGGAGAGAAUGGAAAUGGGUAUGGACGAGGCAAGAAUUGGGCUAGACUUGUUGCUAAUGCGAAUGAUGGUGUGGGAAUGUAUUCUAUUGAGAUGGUCACGAUAUAG